AUGCCAGCACCGCCGAACAAACCUCCGCCUGAACCAGCAGCUGCGUCCAAGGAGGAAAACAUCUACAUACCCUCUUUCAUCAGUAAAAAGCCAUUCUAUGCCAUUGACGGCGAAGAUGAGAACGACUACCUGCAACAUCAAAGACGAGAGCGCAAGGAUGAGAAAUCACAAUGGUACGAUCGAGGGAGGAAAGCCGGCCCUGCCGCCACCAAAUAUCGCAAAGGCGCAUGCGAAAACUGCGGUGCUAUGACACACAAGGCGAAAGACUGCCUAAGUCGACCGAGAGCAAAAGGUGCGAAGCAUACAGGGAAGGAUAUACAAGCAGACGAAAUUGUGCAGGAUGUCAGGCUUGGCUGGGAUGCGAAGCGUGACCGCUGGAACGGAUAUGAUGCCAAGGACUACCGAAAUGUGGUCGAGGAUUUCAACCAAAUGGAAGAGCUACGCAAGAAAGCGCGAAAGCCAGGCGAGGGAGAUAUUGCCGAGGACGAGGACAAGUAUGCCGAAGAGAACGACAUGAGCAAACAUCAGAGCACAGCAACAAGACAGCUCCGCUUACGAGAAGACACGGCAAAAUAUCUACUGAAUCUUGACACCGAGUCAGCGAAAUACGAUCCAAAAACUCGCGCCUUGGUGGAUGGUGGCGCGACAAAGGACAAGGCAGCAGACAUGUUUGCUGAGGAAGGAUUCACUCGCUCAUCGGGUGACGCGGGCGCUUUCGAGAAAGCUCAGAGGUACGCCUGGGAGACGCAAGAAAAGUCGGGCGACACCUCGCAACACUUACAAGCCAACCCAACAGCGGGCGAGUACUACCGCAAGAAGGAUCUGGAAGAGGCCGAGAGGAAACGUGCAGAGAAAGAGAAGGCCCUGCUCGAAAAGUAUGGAGGAGGCAGCACCAAAUCAAUGCCAGCCUCCUUGCGAAAGCUGGCGGUCACGGAAUCAGAACAGUUUGUUGAGUACGACGAGGCUGGCUUGAUCAAGGGUGCACCAAAGAAACAAGCCAAGUCCAAGUACACCGAGGACGUCCUGAUCAACAACCACACGUCAGUAUGGGGUAGCUGGUGGUCAAACUUCAAAUGGGGCUACUCGUGCUGCCAUUCAUUCGUCAAGAACAGCUAUUGCACAGGCGAGGAGGGCAAAAAGGCAUGGGAAGCCGCAGAGAUCCAGCGCUCUGGUGCCAACCUCAUAGAAGAGGCGCCGGCUGAAAACCCAGAGGACAAGCGCGACGUCAAGGACGGUGAUGAAAAGACGCUGCCGUCGAAGAAAAGGACGCGCGAGGAGAUGAUGAAUGGGGUCUCGGAGGCAGAGAUGGAAGAGUACCGGCGAAAGAGGACUGCGGCAAAUGAUCCCAUGGCGAACAUGUUAGGCAAGGAUGACCUUCUGUAG